AUGCGAUCCAUCCGUUUUGCAGGACAUGGCACCAGUGGAAAGUUGUCUCAAGAUACCAUUCCACGAACGGCAGUGGAUUUAGAACCCGGUAAUGACCUCACGACAGCCAGAGGUGCCGUUGGAAGGAUCGGAUACCAUAUGGGAGAGAAGGCUAUCGACUGUCCCGGGGCUCCCCGCCGCCGUCGACUGCAGUCCCGUCCUCCCAUCUCUUCUCUUGUCGGUCAGCUCGUUAUGAACAUCAAUGGGAAGAACGUCCGCUACAGCUCUGGCUGCACACUGCCUACGGCCCUCGCUGUUAGUUCCUGCGCCCUUACACUCCGCAUCGUGGCCUUAUCGACGUCAACUCGCAGUUCUUUCGACAAACUUCAACCAUCGGGGCCGACGUUCCACGCCAAAUUAACACUCCCAUGUCCGACGAUCGUCGAUGAGAUCUUAAAUACUUCGGUCAAUCUCGUACAUCUUAUUCUCGUCGCUCUCCUCCUUGUCCCAGUCAACAAAUCCUGCCAUUGA